AGAGCAGGGCCGGCCAGGGCGCCAAGCGCGAAAUUGCGGCUGCGUGGAAUUUCCGGGGUGAGAGAUAGAAUGGAACGUUCGGCGGAGGCAGCGGCGACGACGGUGGCCGGAAGGAGCGCGAACUUACCUUGGGUGGAGAAGUACCGGCCUCAGACCCUCGGGGAUCUAAUUUCUCAUGAGGACAUUCUGAAUACCAUACAGAAAUUCAUCAGCGAGGAUCAUUUGCCUCAUCUCUUGCUCUAUGGACCUCCGGGGACUGGCAAGACGUCUACAAUUCUCGCCUGUGCUAAACAGCUUUACAAACAGAGAGAAUUUGGCUCCAUGGUUUUAGAGCUAAAUGCUUCUGAUGACCGAGGCAUUGAUAUCGUCAGAGGGCCUAUCCUGAACUUUGCCAGCACCAGAACCAUCUUCAAGAAAGGUUUUAAGCUGGUGAUUCUGGAUGAAGCUGACGCCAUGACCCAGGAUGCACAAAACGCUCUCCGGCGUGUGAUUGAGAAAUUCACCGAGAACACCCGAUUUUGCUUGAUCUGCAACUACCUCUCCAAAAUAAUCCCAGCUCUACAGUCCAGAUGCACCAGGUUCCGGUUCGGCCCUUUGACGCCAGAACUCAUGGUUCCUCGGUUGAAGCAUGUCAUUGAGAAGGAGAACGUUGAUGUCAGCGAUGACGGAAUGAAAGCCUUGGUGACGCUGUCCAACGGCGAUAUGCGCAGGUCCCUGAACAUCUUGCAGAGCACAUACAUGGCUUUCGGAAAAGUGACCGAGGAGACCGUCUACACUUGCACAGGGCAGCCGCUCAAGUCUGAUAUCGCCAACAUCCUGGACUGGAUGCUGAAUCUGGACUUCACUUCUGCCUACCGCAAUAUCCUGGAACUGAAAACCUUGAAGGGCUUGGCUUUACAGGACAUUCUAACAGAGGUUCAUUUGUUUGUUCAUCGAGUUGAUUUCCCAACAUCUAUUCGGAUCCAGCUGCUGAUCAAGAUGGCAGAUGUGGAACACCGCCUGGCUGCAGGGACAAAUGAGAAGAUCCAACUGGGGUCUCUUGUAGCUGCAUUCCAGGUCACCAGAGAUCUGAUUGCAGCCGAGGCUUGAUGACCAAGCUACUCUCCCACUGCCUGAACUGCAACCUGGUUUAACUAAUGGUUGCCCUUACAACGCACCUGAACCUUUCCCGUCACAACCUGUGGUUCUAGAUGUCCUGCAGCCUGGUCAUUCUCAGUGCUUCUUAGGAUCUUACAGAAGAACUUACAGUCCUCUUUAACCGAUCUGAACAGAAUCAUUGCCAGUCUGGAUAAACAAGAAAUGGUCUUCA